UCGUAGCUGCUCGCGCGGCGGCAGCCUGCGGCGGCGGCGGUGGCGGCAUCGAACCGUGUAUCUCUCCCCUUCAGUAUGAAGCCGACGACCGUGGCAGCUGCAGCUGCUGCACCUGCCGCACCGUCCACCGCAUCCUCGCCGAGGACGCGCGACGCACGCCGCUGGCGCAGCGAGUCCUGAUCCGUGCUCGUCCGCUCUCCUGGGUGCGUCGCCCGGCCGACGAGUCCUCAUCGCCGAGGAGGAUCCCUCCGCGGGAUCCUCGCGGGACUCAACGCGUGCGGAUCGAUCGGUCGGCCGGCCGUGAACGGCCGGAAGGGGAAUCGCGAUCCUCUUUCCGCGUCUCUUCCUCUCUUGUUCUCUCUUCAUUCGUUCUCCGUCGUCGUCAGUGCCGAGAUUCGUCGACGUGCACGUGCCUGCACGCGCAGGUGGACAGAGGGACGCGUGUGCCCGUUGCACCGCCGGCGGCUCGCCGCGUGUGAAGAAACUGUGGCUGCGCGCGCGCGCGCCGGCGAGAGAAAGAGACGGAGGAACUAAAAGUGAAAACCUGUUCGACGCGUCAAUUGUCUCCCGCCGGUGAUAACCUUGAUAAUUAGGCGAGGGGCCACACUCGGAUAGAGCGACGCUCGCCGCCGCGGCAAGAUCUCGUGAUGCCACCGCCGUAUCACCGACUUCGUUAGCGGCGGGCCCUCGCAAUGGCCUCGAUCUUGGGAGAUGGAACAGGCCCAGGUGGCCCCGGGCCCUCCAGAUGCCUCUUGCUGCUGCAGAGGUCCUUGGCGAUUCAGUUGACCAGGGGCCCGCCACCUCAUAUCACGAAUACCGGCCAACGGGAGAGUCCGAAGGAGCAUCCGGCCGAUGAGAUGUGGAUGUACGAUAAGGGUUACAAUCUGUUUCAGAGCUUCUUGGAAGCGAAUUCCAAGUGCUGGUGGAACGCGGCUCUGGUGGACGCGACUCGGCAGCUCAGGUACAAGGGCCACGUGUCACCGGGCGUGCUGAUGGUUAGCGGACCGCCCUGCGCCCUCGAGGUCUUGAGGGCGGCAUGGGCGCGAAACGUUUUACGACCACCCGCCGACCACUCGAUCACCUGUCUCGGCGAUAUAGAGGACUGCCUGGUGGCUCCGGUUUCCCAAGGCCAGUUCACGCCGCUGCCAGAAGCCCUGUGCUGGGCCAUUUUGGAGCUCACCUCGCAGAGGCAGGCGGCGACCUUGGACACCCUGAGAUCAGCCCUCAGGAACGCCUUCCCGGCCAUGCAGAGACCGAGCCGCGAGCUCGUUUACGACGCGCUGGCGAAGCUCAUGCAAGAACGAAAGAUCUAUCACACGUCUCAGGGCUACUUUGUCGUAACGCCCGAGACCAAAAGGCUCAGGCGCGACUCCGGUAGCUCGAGGCGGUGUUCCAGGGACGUGAAUGGGUCCAGGGGUCAGGGCAGCAUGCUGAUGAGUAACGACGAAGCGGUGGCUCUCGUGCACGGCGAGAUGCUCACUCUGAGAGACGGCGAUGUUACGCAUCAGGCUGUACAGACGAACCUGGCGGACGUUAUUUGCGGAGGAAAUCCCAACGACAAGGUCCUGUUCGCUAGGUGUCGGUCGAUGCCGGGCCGUCUCGAGAGGCGACACUCUCUGCGCCUCUGGGGAUCGGCCAGGCGCUUGCACAGAAGCGGAAGUUCGCGGUCUCUGCCACGAAGACCCGAAAGGAGCGACACGUCGUCCAGCGCGGAGUACGCCAGCACGGACAGCGCGCCUCACAGUCCAACUAGCUUUUCUGGGAUUUUUUCAGAGAAGAUAGGCCUGCUCUCCAGGCUCUUUCGGCGAAGCACACGGAGGAAGGGCGCACCGUUAAUGGGCACUUUCAGUGCUCAGUAUCCCCCCACCGAAUGGUUUAAUCCGCGCGUCGUGCAUUUGCAUAGCGUUGCCACGCAAACAAGGGCCGCCAGUCCUUCGAUGAUGGAGGGUUUAGACCAGUCGCAGGCCAGUUUCCAAGUGUGGGACGACUCGAGUUCCGUGCGAUCGGCCACUCUGCCGAGGCGACAUCGGCGUCAAGCCAGCGGUGAUUCCUCGAGCUUGUUGGCCAACUCGACGCCGAGGAGCUCCCGGAGGCAUCGGUCGCCCUGUUCCACCCUGCCGAGGUCCAAGUGCUCCAGCCUGAGCAGAUGUACAUCCAGAGCCUCCGUUCUGCCGCCCAGCACCACUAACCAGGAGACGUAUCAAGCGCGCAAUCAGGUACAAAACGACAAGAACUCGACGAACUCGUCGCCUAGCAGAAGUGGCGGCAGUUCGGGCUCGGUUAGAACGAUGAACGCGAGCCCGGCCAAGGCGACGACGUUAGGCAGGCCCAGCACGCGGCAGUCCAACUCCAGAAGGCCGAGUCACGAUUUCAGCAACAGCGGCGUAAAGUCGGCCAACGGCUCUCCUCAGCAUAAAGUAUUGCAAAAGACUUCAUCGGGUCACUCGACGCACUCCAGCGGCAAAUCCAUAUCCAGCAGCAAAUUGACUUGUUCGCCGCUGAAAACGGCGACGCUGUCGACAAAGUCGUCGCCGCUCAAAGUCGUCCAGCAAGGUUCGUUGACUCCUCUGCAAGAAGCGCAGAACUCGAUAACUCUUCAGGUGUCCACGAAUCUAAGUCCGGUGAGCCCGUCGCAGGAGCAGCGUGCGAUACAGAAUAGCGUAACGCUGGCCUCUAACACGACCAGCACCACGACCAUUUCCGGUUCGCCCGGCACGAAGAUCUACGUUCAGCAGAACAAUUCGCCGAUGAGAUCCGUCAUUACUUUCGAGAACGGCACGGUGAAGACGAAGAUCGCGGAGAAAGACGUGAUUGACUGCAAAGAGAAGCAGGAGAGGGAAAUGGGCGAGAAGACCUACAAGACUCGAGUGGAUGACGAGAAGCUCUUCAAGUCUAAAUUAGACGAGGAGAAGCUGAAGAACAAACCGGUCAAGGUCGAACGGCCGUCGUCACUCUACGCCCCGAAAGAGCCGAAAGCCGGCCUGCUGCUGUCCGAGUCCGACAAGGAGAACAAACCGAAGGUCGAGGAGGAAGUGCCUAACAAGCUGAAGCUGACGAACCGCCUGAAUAAUAGCCAGGUUCACCUGAUCGACGGCUCUACCACCAACAACGUCGACAAGAACGCCCUAGCGCACGAACACUCGGCCGCCGCGCUGUCCACCACGAAGAACACCAACGACGCGAUGAAUAACUCCCGCAAGCUCAGCCUGUCCUUGUCCAAGGACGCGCUCAGCUACCGCAAUCUGCUGCAUCCCGGCUCGAAGAACAACAUCGCGUCUAACCCGCCGUCUCCCACGAAGUCGUACGACGGCUUUGGCGGCUCCUUCAACGACGUCUACAUCGAGAAUCUGGAGACGGCGAAGCAACAGCGAGCACCGCAGGGUUCCGAGCCUAAUCUGGAGAAAACUGUCAGCCGAGCCGACCUGCACUCUUACCCGAGCCUCAGCGACAUGCAGGUGCAAUUCACCAGCUUGGCGGCGCAGAAGAUUCUCAAGGGCUGCCCGAUCAACAGCGUGGACACCUUGGUGGAGGUGAACAUGGCGGCCGCCGACAAGCCGAACAACUGCGACGUCACGGUUCAUACGGACUUCGGCCUCGUUUAAAUCGUAUCUCCUCGUAAACAUUCCGUCGAUCGUGUAUCAUCCAUCCGGGGCUCAAGGACCUCUCGUAACUCCCUCCUCCCCCUCACCCCCGGGCAUAUUGCGUCCAUGGAAAACAGCGUGCCUCGAGGCGAAAUAGUAUCGAAGUAGCGUCGUUAACGCCUUGCUUCUUAUACGUCAAGCUCGGGGAAUAGGGGAGCUAUUUUUCUGUCCUCUUUCUCUUUCUUUUAUAAGAAGGCCACGGCUUGCGUAAGAAUGUUAGACGGAGCACGCAGUUAACAGUUACCAGUGACCUGUCUCGCCUAUGUACAUCUCUCUCCUGUGUCUUUAACAAGCGUACGUGUUCCCGAACAAUCACUUUACCAAUUUCGCUUGUGUAAUUAGGGCGAACACGGUCGUAAGAAAGAUCGCGUAUGCGAAGGAACAACCGUGCGACCUAAGUUUAAACUUGCUUGCCUUACCAAAAUUGCCUUAUUGAGAUAACCCUCUGCCAAAACAAAAAAGGAUAUCCUAGCCCGAGAUAUUUUAUAUAUUUCUAAAUUCUAAAUUCUACUCAACUACUCAAUCAACUACUCGCUCAACUAAUCGAUUACUCGAGAGAUAUGGAUAACGAUUUGUACACUAAAAUAAUUGGAGAACUAAAAGGUUGUUUUUUGGUUGCGAAGGCAAGCGGUUGACACCGUCCUGCAGCAUUUUGCAGUUUCAAAGAUACCGCGAAGAUAAAUUUUCAGGAUCGCCUUUCCGGCCGCCCCUUUUGCGAUUUCGAGAUCCACGAGACAUUCCCGAUGCAAAAUUUAUCGUCAUUUGUCGUCGGCUCGCAAUUUCGUACUCGGAACCAUCUCAUAUGAAUCCAAAGGCCGCGUGUUAUCGUAGUAAUGUAACGUCGGCGGUUUUACAUCGCUUUACCGAGCUAAAGCGAUUUGUCAAAGCUUCGUCUCGCGUGCAACGCUACACGCGACCCGUGGAUGACAGAGGAUAAAUGAAGGAAGGGUUGGAAAUUUUGCCGAGUUAAAACACUGCCAUUUUCACGCGCACGAUCGUCGUUUUCAUUUUCAAGAAUUUCUUUUCACUUACGCGUCAUUGUGCUAAUGAAAACAUACGCCGGAUUUUCAAGUCUUUUUAGCAAAGUAAGGUCAAGUGGUACAGCGAAAUUUUGUAGCGAGACAUAUGUAGGGAUUCUUAUGAAACGCGACAGCGAUAAUUCCUCGAACAAUAAUAUCGCAAUAAUAAAACAGGGAAUAAUGCCUUUCAACGUCGACGCAUUAUUAGUCUCGUAUCAAGGUGAGCUGACGACAUGUGACUUACCGAUCUUUUCUUUUCUUUGCGGGCUCAAAACGACUGACUCGCAUGAUUCGAUCGCUUUACGUUCGUAAAAAAAAAAAAAAA